AAAGAAUUUAAUGGAUCGUUAGAAUCCUGUCAUUGCAUUGAAAAUAAUUGUCAAAAGUGUUUUUUUUUCUUCUCUCAUGUAAAUCAAACAUCUCGUCAAGUCCAAAAUCAAGAGUAAAAUAAUUUCAAUAAAGUGAAGACGGUGUCCGAACGAUUAUUAAAAUGGUUUUGUAAUUUGAUCAAAUGAUCAUUAUGAAUCGAAUACCAGCGGCAUCUGAUAAAAUGAGAUCUGAUGUUAAAUACGAAAAAUUACCGACAAUUACCACUUCGAAAUCCGUCAAUUCUUAUAUAAAUUAUCGGAAAAAUGUCGAUAAUAAGUUGGCGGAAAUUAACAAUAAUAUAAGCGAGAUGUUGAUUGAAAGUUUCAAAGGUAUCGAUAGUAUUUGCACUAAAGUCAGAGAAUGCGUUUCGGAUUUUAGUCACGAACAAAUUUCGUCUCGAUAUAGAGAAUCCGAUUUACACAAAUCGAAUGAUACUUUUCAAAACGUCGACGAUGGCAUGACGGAAAAUCUACUCGAAAGCAUACACGAAGACACUGAAAAAUCGAUGAAAAUCGAAGAAAUUGAAGAUGAAGAACAAGAAGAAACGCGUUCCGGUACUGCUUCGGCUUACCUUAUAGAAAGUUUUAUAUCGUCAGAUGAAGCGUGCUCCAAAGAACGAGUUAUUGAAAUUGGAGAACCGAAUUUAUUGAAAGAAAAAACUAAACCGCUUUUACCGAAGUUUAUUACCGUUGUGGGAGAUGGUAAUUCGACUCAACGCAACGAGGAUUCCGUUAAAAAAAUUGUAGCUAGAAAGAGAACCAACAGAAAUGAAAAACGACGGAAAUUGUUGGAUAAUCUGCGAGAUUCACUUAAAUUGUAUGUGGAAAAAACGGAUUUUCAUAGUUUACAAACUUUAAUAGAAAACGUCACGGAACAAAUAGACGUUUUAGGUGAUUUAUCUAUGGGCGAUAAUCAGUUUGAAUUGAAAAAAAAAUAUAAAACGAUAAAAAUGAAAGAUCAAGAAGACAAAUCGCCUCAUAGCGAACUAAAUGGUUCCGUGGAUAAACCUAAAUGCUCUAUAGAAAUUCCCGAAGUGUACCAUCGACCGGGCGUUACGAAUAUCCAUAGAAGAUUAUUGUGGCAAAUUGAGGCCAACGAUAGUUUCACCACGUUCCAAAAGUUGAUGCGAAAACAAGAAAAAAACAAAACCGGAAAGAUCGACAGUCCGAUUACGCAAAUAAAUAUUCCAAUUUUGACCGAUACGCCGACGUGUUUAUCGCAACAAACGAAAAGAUUGACCAAAAAAAAUAUAAAAGAAGAAGACGGCGCUAAUGGAGAUUCGCGGUUCAAAUAUUCGGAUAGUUUAUGGUUUAACGGUAAAAAAUUGUUUAAAAUGUCGAAAGUUCAAAAAGUGAAAAAGAAAGAUAGGAAAGAAAAAAUCAAAAACGUUAAGUCGAAAACAAAGAAACGAGCCGCGAUUAAUCAAGAACAAAAACCUACGUCUACAACAGGUUGUGGAUGCUCGGUGAAAGUUACCAAUAACAAUCCGGUCGUACAGAAUUAUUGCAGCGGAAGACACCCUCGAACUCACGUUCAAGUUUCAAGGAAAAAAUUAGCUUAUUUGGAUAUAUUGGAUGAUCUAACCAACAGGGAUUUGUUGCCAUUACAUUCGGAAUAUCCUAGGAAGGAUCAUUUGAACGUUUGUCAGGAUCGAAAUUCAAAAGAAAUACACGAUUCUUAUCUUUAUAAAAUUAUGUACGAAAAAAAUACGGGCAUUUGGAAUCACCUCAUACAACCGACAAUCGAAUGUCGUGAUUCAAGUUGCGCGUUUUGCAUUCAUUCGAAAAACAAAUCGAAAAAGCAAAUUCCGAUUAAAUCGACAAACGAAAAACGAAAAAUGACGUCGAAGGUUCCGCCCGUAGACAAGACGACCAGCGUUAUUGCCAAGAGAAAAAGAAUUAUGAAAACAUUGGCUCCUUAUAUGUUCGAUCCCGAUUUCGAACGAAACGGAAAUUUUCAAAGUCUAGUAGUGAUGCCGGUCCGAUUAUUCUACGAUAAAGAUAAUGCCUCUGACAUAGAUACGAAUUCUAAUAAUAUCAAAAAUUCUAUCGUACCCUUAACUCCGUUACCACUGAAAGAAGUUAAAGUAAAUCGGGCCAAAUGGGUGAAUCCCGCCAAUGUUAAAAAAACAGUUAAGAAAUUGGAUUCCCCGAAACCGGUAAUCGAACACGCGAUUCCAAAGUCACUAAUUGGGAAUAAACAUAAUACGCAAUAUACGAAAUCGGAAAAAAUCGAUUCCUCGAAAAGUUUGAAUACUUCGAUUGAAAGUAAACGUUUCAAAUUAUUUUUGGAGGAUCCUAAAGACGCACAAGACGCUUACAGAAAAACGAAUAAAAAUUUGGAAAAAGCCAUGGUUAAACAAACCACUGGAAUCGAGGGAAAAACCAAAAUAAAUAUGUUCGUAAAUCGAUUUAACAAUGUACAGUCUAAAGGGGAUUUUCAGUUAAAAACGUUACACAAAAGUGGAAACAAUUUAGGAAAACAACAAAUGGAUGCAUUUAAAAACCGAUCGGAAAUAUUGGACGGAAAUCGGGAAGUAAUGAAAAAAUGUAAUAACGUUUUGUUUCAAAAAAAUAAAUUCCAACCGACGAAAAUUCAAAAUAAAUCAGAAAAAUGCGAUUUUCCCACAAAACACAAACAAAUGUUGUUCCAUCUCAAAGGUCUCAAACAAAAAAAUGAUCACAUCCAAAGCAACAUUCAAAAAGCAAUCGGCGUGAUAGAAACUAAAAUGGUGGACGUAUUAUCGUCUCCAUACAAAACUGCCAGCGCCGAAGCAUUCGACAUUAUGGAAAAAGAAAUAAAUAACGUUUUAGAUUUAAUGAAAAAUCAAUGUAAAGAUAAAUUACCACCCGUUCAUGAAAUUUCUCCAAUCGAUUCGUUCCGAGGAGAAACAAUGUCUAUCGAUUCACCUACGUGUAUCGAUUCUACCGUCAAAACAACAUUAAACGAUUCUCCUGUCGAUAAAACAAUCGAUUCUUAUAACAAUGAAACAUUAAUAGAUUCUCCUGUAAAAAAAAAAUUAAUCGAUUCUCAUAUCAAGAAGAAACUAAUCGAUUCUUCAGUCCAGAAAACGUGUAUCGAUUCUCCAACAAAUAAAAAAUCCAUCGAUUCUCCUAACAAAAAAACAAAUAAUGCUUCUGUCAAGAAAACUUGUAUCGAUUCUCCUGUCAAAAAAACAUUAAUCGAUGUGAAGACAGAAUGUAUCGAUUCCGCUCUUAGACCACCAAUAAUCGAUUCUAUUGACAAGGAAACGCCAAUAAUCGAUUCUGCUGACAAGGAAGUACGAAUCGAUUCUUCUGUUAAUGAAAAAAUUAUCGAUUUUACCGGUAAAGAUAUCGAUUCAAACGAGCGAGAGGGAAGUUCCAAAAAAUGUAAUUAUUUAACACGUGAUAAAUUAAAAUCGACACGUGAUCGUAAAGUUUCCGAAAAACCAACGAGACCUAAACCCAUUGAUUGUUCUCAAGAAUCGGAAAAAUCGCUAUUACAAAAACUAUCGAUAUGUAAAUCGGUAGAAACAACUUCAUAUCAGUAUCUAUCCCAGUUGGAAAAUGAAACUAACCAAAUAUCGAAUGACGUCUUAGAAACCGAACUGAACGUUAUAUCGACAGAUUUAAUAGCGAAAUUAGAGAAUAUAUUAUACAAGGACGGUCACAAGGACAAUUAUACGAGUGAUACUACAAAGUUCAAACAGAAAUAUUCCGCUAUAAAUAAGGUCGACAAAAUACAUUCGUCUUCGGAAACACUUUUAUCUAUGGACGAAGUUUUUCAAAAAAAUACCGUCGAAUCGACGACGAUUAGUAAAUCUCAAAUUUCGGUAAUCGGAAAGAAAAUUAAAAAUAAAAAUUCGAAUACAGAUUUUUCUUCUAUAUUAGUGGAAACGGGUUUUGCCGCCGGUGAAAAAGCAGCAAAAGAAGAUAAUUGCGUGAACGAAAUUAAGGAAACGGGGGAAAUUGGAGACUGCAUCACCCAAGAAAAGGCGAUCGAUAAAAACAAAGAAAAAAAAAAUGCAGGUUUGAAUUUAGAUGAUUAUAAGAUAAAAUCGGAUCAUUUUAUGUCUACGAGUAUCGAUUGUGAACAAUCGACAACGAAAAUCGAUGUAAAAUCAUCGAUACGAAAAAUAUUACCGGGGAAGAAAAAAAUUUCGAAGACAACAGUAUCUAAAAAAGAAUUUAUGGAUUCCGAUGAUGAUAAAAUCGACGAAACAUACGACAAAAACGAUAAUUUAGAAGCGCAAGUUAAUAAAAUAAUAAGUCGGGUCGAAGAUAUUUACAGUCAAUUAGACGAAAUUCAAGUAACGACUAAGGAAAAUUCAACGAUACCGAUAUUUCGAGAAUAUUCUUCGAUCGAACAAAAAAUACCGAGUCAAGAAUUUCUACCGCCGUUUUUGGACGCGGUGAAACGAUCGAAAAAAAUAACGAAAUCGUCGAAUGAAUUAGUAAAAAGCGCCUCCUAUUACAACAUAUUGAAAUUUUUAGACUCCCUCACCGACAUACACACCGACACCGCCAUCGAAAUCCACAAAACGACCGAGUUAUGUUACGCCAGCAGCGUACCGACGACCGUCCAUUUCAUUUCGAUGGAUCACCGCGCCACCCUCGGCGACGACGUCAAAGAAUUAACCGAAAAACCGAGCUGCCUCAAAAAACACUCCGGCGACGUUUGCAAAUGCGCCAAACCGAAGCGAGUAUCGUUCUCGAUUAAAAAUCAACCGGAAAUUACCGAAUUAGAUCGAGGCGAUAACCCGAAUAAAUCGAAUAACAUCGUCGUUAUUUGCGAUAAAAGAGAAACGAUCGACGUCAGUACCGAUACGAAUCGAAACAACGAAUCGAUUAAUAUCGAUAAUUCGAUUGAAUUAACCGAAUCGACGUCGGAUGUAUCGCUGGCGACGGCGCAAUCGACGCCGAAAAUAAAAGUAUUUUACGACGAAAAAGAAGAGGAAAUUUUAUCGGAAGGUUUUUAUAACGAUAAAUCGAUUAUUCGUCGGAACGAAAAUCGAAACGACAAACCCAAAGUUGUCAUUUUCAGGGAAAUCGAUUUGUCGAAAUUGAUAAGGCGACCGAAGUAUCUGCAAAAAUUCACCAACACAUCCGAUAUUAUAUCGGCGAAUCGAUUUUUAUUAACGAAACAUUCCGUCGAUGAAAAUAACGUUUUUUUAUUAAACUCCUUUUACGCUAUCGUCUAUCUCCUGAUGUUCGCCGCUUUCAAUAUGGAAUAUAAUUGUUUUUGAGAAAAAUAAAUAAAUAAAAACAUUCGUCGAUCAA